AUGGAAGAUAGAUGGUGUUCAAUGUCUGAUUACUGCUUAGAUGAUGCACCAUUUUACUGUAAAGCUUGCCGCCGCGUGAAUCGUCUCCUCAACAUCUUGUCGCAGCCCCAGAUUUAUUUUUCACUCCCUUUUAAAAUCAAACAAGAAACUGCGAAAAUAGGUACAGAAAAUGAAGAAAACACUACAGGGGGAAGCAAUAGCUUAUCCUCUGUUGGAACAACACCUGAAAGAACCACAUCAUCAAAGGGGGGAGAGACACCAUUUAUACAAGAAAAUGUGUCCACUAAUUCUACAGAUACAACAGAGCUUCACCAUGCUCCUGAAGGUCUUGUUGAGACCAAUGUUGGAGAUUAUACAAAAGUAAAUAACUUUGAAGAUGUAAAACAUGUAGCCAUUGUUGAAUCUAUAAAGCUUUGGUCAAUUGCAAGCCCUAUUUGUUUUGGAAUAUUAUGCAAUUAUGCAAUUAAUACCUUCACAAAUAUAUUUGUUGGACAUCUUGGAAAUUUAGAACUCACAUCAGUUUCAAUCUCUUUGUCUGUCAUUUCAAAUUUCUCUUUUGGCUUCAUGCUUGGCAUGGCAAGUGCAUUGGAGACACUAUGUGGACAAGCAUUUGGUGCAGGACAAGUAGAAAUGCUUGGAAUUUACAUGCAACGUUCAAUUUUAAUCUUAUUUGGUUCAUGUUUUUUAAUCUUACCACUUUACCUUUAUUCAGCACCAAUCUUAAUACUUCUUGGACAAGAACGUGAUAUAGCAGAGUUAGCUGGAGUAUUCACAAUUCAAUCUAUACCUCAGUUAUUUUCAUUAGCCAUAAAUUUUCCUGCACAAAAAUUCUUACAAGCACAAAGCAAAGUUGGAAUUUUGGCAUGGUUGGGUUUCAUAUUCCUUAUUAUUCACAUUCUGACUCUGAUUCUUUUUAUUAAAGUUCUUGGUUGGGGUACUGCUGGUGCUGCUGCAGCUUAUGAUAUAUCAGCUUGGGGAAUAGCUUUGGCUCAAAUGGUUUAUGUUGUUGGUUGGUGUAACGAAGGUUGGAAGGGUUUGUCUUGGUUGGCUUUUAAGGAUCUUUGGGGGUUUAUGAAAUUGUCUUUUGCUUCAGCUAUUAUGCUUUGUUUAGAGGUUUGGUAUUUUAUGACCUUGAUUGUUCUCACUGGACACUUGGAUAAUCCAGUUAUUGCUAUUGGCUCACUUUCAAUAUGCAUGAAUGUAAAUGGGUGGGAAGGCAUAUUGUUCAUAGGAGUCAAUGCAGCUGUCAGUGUAAGAGUUUCCAAUGCACUUGGAUCAGGACACCCAAGAGCUGCAAAAUAUUCUGUUGUUGUAACAGUUGUUGAAUCCCUCAUCAUUGGAGUAGUAUCUGCAUGCAUUAUUCUAGUUACAAAAGACCACUUUGCUAUCAUUUUCACUGACAGUAUAGAAAUGCAAAAGGCAGUUUCUACAUUAGCACCACUUCUUGGUAUAACUAUGAUUCUAAAUAGUGUUCAGCCAGUUUUAUCAGGUGUUGCUGUAGGAGGAGGAUGGCAGGGUUUGGUAGCUUACAUUAAUCUAUUUUGUUAUUAUAUUAUGGGACUCCCUCUUGGAUUUUAUCUCGGUUACAAAGGGGGAUAUAGAGUACAGGGUAUUUGGGUUGGAAUGAUAUGUGGGACGGUUUUGCAGACAGCUAUCUUGAUAUAUAUUAUCUGUAAAACAAAUUGGAACAAAGAGGUUGAACAAGCAUCAGAAAGAAUGAAGCAAUGGACUGGACAAGAAUCAGAAAUGAGUAACAUGUAGAAAUCAAGAAGAUUUAAGCCAUUGUGUAUCCUUAUUAGGUGACAAAAAUGUGCAUUUGUUAGCCACGGUAGAACUUCUUAAUCAUCAUGUAAUAAAGUGUAAUUUUGUAUAGAAAUUGUUGUUAAUUAUGUCAUUAAAUGUAGCAUUGAAUCAUAGGUAAUAUUUAUCACUAGGUAUAUCUUAUAAAUUAAAUUUACCAGAAGAGUUCAACCCAAAAUACUGGGGUGAAAGAGUUUCAUGGCUUAGGUUUUGUUUGGAUCAAUAGAGUAAAAUAGAGUGUAAAAUGUUUAGGCAAAUGUAAAAAGUGUCUUACAUGAUUACAUCACAUUUGCUAAGAAUUUAAAUUUAGAAAUAGAAAUAUUUUUUUAAUUAAGUUGUGUAGUUAU